AUGGAGGGUGGUUCCCCUUUGUCCCCGCCGCCCGAUGUGACGGCUGCCUCUAGCGGCGGAGCCUCCAAGUUUCUUGCCAACCUUCCAUCUCGCGGCUUUUUCUCUUCCACCGUCAUUUCCUCCAACCCGGGUGGGAUGCGGGUUUACAUUUGCGAUCAUGAUACCUCUCCUCCAGAUAGCCAGCUUAUAAAGACAAACCAAACAAAUAUAUUGAUUAGAUCUCUUAUGAUAAAAAAUCAAAAGGGUGAUUCUACUUCAAAAGAUGGGAAAGGCACUGCUUCUAUUCAAGCUUCUAGGAAAAGGGCUGCCGAGAAAAUUUUGGAUAAAGCUGCUGGAAAGAAAGCUGCAUCAAGCACUCAGCUUGGGGGAUCAACUCGUUUGCUUGACAAAGAUCUGCAGAGUUUUACAGUGGAAAGACUGCGUGUUUUUCUAAAGGAGAGAGGCCUUUCAGUGAAGGGGAAAAAGGACGAGUUGAUCGCCCGCUUGAGAGGCAUGAAUGGCUAG